GCUGUUGUCCACGCGGAGGCGCCGGCUGCAGGGCCCAGCGACUGCGGCGGGUCCACUGGAGGCGCGCCCGAGGCGGCCUCUCACCCGCUCGACCCGAACGAUCUCAAGAACGACUUCUGCGAGGUGUGCCAGACUGGCGGCAGGCUGCUGCUGUGCGACAGGUGCCCUCGAGCUUUCCACGUUCGAUGCAUUGAGCGCUUCGUGGAGCUGGAGGGACUUGAGCAGUGCAGCGAGUGGCGUGCACUAGGAUACUGCAUGCGCUAUGCCAAGUGCCGCAAGCGCGCUGUCAGACUGCAGCGCAUGAGGUUGGAGGAGGUGCUCGCAGUGGAUCGCGUCUUGAAGACGCGAGUGAAGAAGUGGGCCCUGCGGAUGACCAUUCAUCGCAGCUUCUUGUCGCGCCGCCAUGGCCCCCUGCGAUUGAUGGUACGUCGUGUCGGCGGCGCCACAGGUAAGCCAGAAGUCACGAGCCGCCUCUUUUCUCAUGGUGCUAUCUUGGACGUGGCUUACAGCUGGGGCGCUCACCCGGCGACCGUUGCUGCAGUUCACGACAUCAGCGUCCCAUGGGUCAGGUGCAUGCGCCAAGUGAUGGCGGCCGCCUACAUGUACUACCAGAACAAGGCGCUUGGUGCGAUUGUAGUGGCUGCUCGGGCGCGCCGACCAUCAUUCUGCAUAUCGCGCCUGGCAUUCGAUGAGACGGGAGAGCGGAUCACAGUACCAGUGAAGCAAGGGGACACCACGUCGGACGAGUGCGCGACGUGGCACGUGUUGGUUGCCCGCCUGACCAUUUACAUCGGCUGGCACAGCGACGAGCACGGCACCACGGUCGUGAAGCACACAGUCGUCUUGCCAAACCUCGUCGUGGCAUCGCCGAGUGCGCCUCACAUUCACGCUGUUCUUUUCCGCCAUAAGGUGCUCACGCCGAUCUUCGCCGCCCUCCGCCUCAUCCAGGACCUGUCCGAUCGCGCGUUGUCCAUCGUUGAGACGGAUGCUGCUAUGGCCAACGAUAGGCUGUGGGCCCACAUGGUGGCUUCAUCGCGCCAAUCUGGAGUGCUUGACUGCAGGUUCGUGUGCCGCCUGCACGGCAUGCAGCUCAUUCGGGUCGUGCUGCUGGCGGUGGUUGCCGGGCAGCUUCUGUCUCGGCUGUGCAGUAUAGGUCUCCUGUUCGUCAAGACCAGCUACUUCACAAAGAUGGUGAAGGGGGUCCCCGCCAUCCUGGCCUCGGACCGCCUCGUCAUCGCCCACGCCCCGACCCCGGGCUCGAUGGAGUACGCUCGCGAGGUCAUCCACUUUGCCGCGGUGCACUACAAGAACUUCCAGAGGUGCUUGAUGCAGCCGAAGAUGGAGCGGCGGCGGCGGCGACAAGCCCGUGACGAGGAUGAGGAGGAUGCCGGAUCGGAGGUCGACGACGCCGACAUCGACGUGGCCGCGUUCGUCGCCGACCCGUCGCGGCUGGGCACCAUCAGGCACGCCGGGCUCCGGAAGCACAUCGGCGGCCUGUUGGAGCUCCUCGCGGUGGCCAACGGGCCAUGGUGGCACGACCGCAUCUACCAUGUGUGCGGCGGGGAUUCCUGCUGCGUCUCCCGCGCUGCCACGGUCAAGCGGCUGUGCGCGGCGCUCCGCGCCACCGUGUUCGCCGCUCCAGUGAGGCCGCCAGCUGCGAACAAGUGGGGCAAGCUUGCGCAGGCGCUGGACGUCCUGGUGUUAGGCUUCGCCGUCCACAAGGUGUGGCCGCAAGCAUUCGCGCGGCUGCAGUUAGAAUCUGGCACGACGGUCGACGCCGACAUGGAUCAAGGGUUGGCGCACGAUCUGAUGUUUGCCGCUGUCACGGGGUCCCGGUACGCCAAGGGCCGCGCCUUCUUGGAGCAGCCUGCAACGCACGGCCUCAUCGUCAGCGCGGCGCUGGUGUUGGAGCCGAUGUCGGCCAUGACCUCGUGGUUGAUGCGCAGGGCUCGCGACGUCGACACGAUGUGCAAACGGCCGCUCAUGGAUCUUACUUGUGGUCCCUAUUCGGUUGUUGGCGCCGCCAUGCAGUACCUCUCGUCGAUGCUGUCCGGGGAGCCUCGCAGGCUCAUUAUGUUGUGGCGGCCUUCCCAGUGCACGGACUUCCAGCAGUGGUUGGCGACUCGAGCGAGCGAGGUGAGAUUGCUGCGGCGCCUCGUGCUCCUGGUCAGCGCAUCGAUCUACAGGCGGUUCGUCUUGAUGCUGAAGUCGUUCCCGUGGCAAUUGGUAUCUCUUGCCGACGCCAGGGUGUCCGAGGAUGACAAGAUGGAUGUCGUCGAGCGCUGGGACAAGGCCCAGCCGUGCUGCGUGCCGCCUGGCUUCGCCAAGAAGCUUAAAGAACGUGGCGUCUCCGGCGCAGACCUGCUGACCUGCCCUGGCUGGCAGUUGACGCUGCAGUGGUUCGCUGUCGCAGUCCGGCUGCAGGUUGCUGAUAUCGAGUGGCGCCACAAGCGCAAUCGAGUUAGAACCAACACUUCGACAGGGCAAACGGGGUGGGGUAACUUCUCCGCGGAGUACAUCAACGCGGAGGCCGUCGCGUCCGCCGAGGGGGCGGCCCGGGAGCUCGCCGAGGGCGUGCCUCUCCCGCCUCAGCCUGCAGCCGAGGAGCAGCGCGCCCGCGUGCCCAAUGCGAAGUCAGCCAAGCAGAUCUUCCGGCAGGACAAGAUCGACCGGGACAGGGCGGCCGGCCGCCUCUUCCACCGCGCCAGCGAGCAGUGCCAUGCGGAGGUCAGCAGGGAGUGGGACAACCUGUCUGCCGCGGACCGCGGCCGGUUCGAGAUGCACCGCCACAGCCCGCUGUUCCAGCUGCCGGGGUUCUCGCAGUCGCACCCGAAGUACAUCGGCUGCGAGGGCCCGCAGUCGCAGCUGCGCGCGCUGGCGCUGAGCGGCGUGGCCUCGCCUGCUCCGGCGCCCCCUGGGCCAGGGCUGGGCCCGCGCGACCCCUUCCCGUUGAAUGUUGCCGCCGUGCAACAUUUCAAACGCGUGAAGGCGCCGCCUUCGACCCCGGGUCGACGCCCGCCGACGAGCGCAUCCUUCAAGGCGCUUGCGAGCGAGUUCAAGAGCUCGGUUGACCCCUUCGCCCUGCGCCAGCACGUGCUUGACUUCCCCGGUGACGUUGAAUAUCCGAAGUGCUGUGGGCCAAUGUGUGCUACGACAACCGCUCCAGACACGUUCGCAGUGUACACUCGCAUCGUAGCCUACCUCACCGAGAUCGCAAGUUGUUUCGGCACGGCAAAAAGAUUGGCAGAUUCGGACGCCCUUCUGAUGUUCGAGGUGCGCCCAGAAGGGGAUGGAGAUGGCAUCGGUAUUUUCGUCUGGUUCUGCCUUAUGACGGGGCGGUAUGGUCCGCAUCCGGCAGCGCAGACGUUCGCUUUGACCACCCUGCUGAACCCGCCUAUGCCGGAUGAUGGCCUGGCUGGAAUGAAGUUCAUUUUGCAUCGCGACCAACGCGUCGCCCCAGCAGAUGCAGCCAGUCUGAGGCCGCCCUUGCGUCGACAGCACGUGGGCCAACUGAAUCAUUUCUCGGAGGAGGAGUUCGCCGAGAUGAUCGUGAAUAGCAUGCCUGGCCAGCAGGUGCGAACCAUGAAGGCCGACCUGGAGGCGCAGGUCUCCGAGGGCGAGGGCGUGGGCGGGACCCUGGAGCUCUUGCUGGCGACGGCGGCCGUGGUCGAGGCAGCGGUCGAGGCCGCGGCCGCGGCCGAGGCGGCGAUGCCGCGCUCGUGGCGCUACCGGCAGGCCAAGCCGCUCGCGGGUCCUGUCGCUGCUGCCCCCGCUGCAGCCGCGGACGACGCCCUGCUGCGCGAGGUGGCUGCCGCGCUUGGCCUCCCCUCCGGCGCCGGCCAGGGCCUGGGGGCGCUCGACGGUUUGGGGGUUGAGCUUGCCCUGCCCCGGGAUUUCGUGCUGGAGAUGGGCAUCGUAAUGAGAGAUGAGUUGAGGGUCGAGGUCCGAGCUGGCGGGCAUGUGCAUUGCCUGGACACGGGCCGCCACUUGGGCCAUCUUAUGUCUGGGCUGGGCAGCGGCGCCGGGGCGGAUGAGCGCACUAACAUCAAGGCGCGCUGUGCGACGCACCGCAGGUGCGAAUGCUGGCUCUGGGGCGUCAUCGACACGCCCGAGGUCAGGGCAGACUUGUUGCGAUGGCUCGCCGAAUCCUCGACUGAGAAGGAGCACGCUGAGAGUGCAUAUAAUUUGAAGACGCGGCAUGGCAUGAGGCCUCGGAAGCCGGCGGGCCUUGCUUAG